UGCUAUUGUGACCGUCCAAUAGCAGAAUACUGUCGGCUUGUGAACCAUUUCACUUGACUUGGAUUUUACUAUAGAGCUCCGCUUCUCGCAAUGCUGGCGCAGUAGAUCCACGACGGAUUUUAUCAAGCUAAAGAGAUGGUUGAGCGGGGAAACCACGAAGGAAAGGAUUUGUUACGUUUUGCGUAAAAUAAUUAUCGAAUAGUUGUUGUCGUUUUGGCACCAGAAAUGCAUGACAAAAACAUACAACGGCAUACUUCAGCCACAUCGAGGGGCUCGUCGUUUUUUAUUGAGAAUUUACUUGGCUGUUGCAGGACAGAGCCAUCUGUCAGUGCCAUAAAGGAUAAAGAUGGCGUUAAGAAAGAGCCGUUUCUCGUGGGCAGCACGAAAGCGCAUCGGAAAGAAAUAUGCAGUCAAGAAUCUAACACAGGCAUGGAGGCAGAGGUGUGUCGGAGGGCACAGUCACAUCUGGAGUGGUAUGGACGAGAAACCAACUUAAAUGCAGCAGAACGACCAAAAAGUAAUUCCAGUAAAAAUUGCCAGUUGGUCCCCAGCGACAGGGAUACCCCCGUGGCCUCCGAGGUUUCUGAUGGGACUUUGGACAGAAAAACGCAUGGGUGUGUGGAUGAGGAAAGUGAAGAAGCACAACUCUUCGAUGCACGUUCAGGUGCCGACAAUUCGGAGUUCUGCACAGCCCGAAAGAAAAAGACACGGACGGUGUUCAGCAGAAGUCAAGUCUUCCAACUGGAGUCAACUUUUGACAUGAAGAGAUACCUGAGCAGCUCUGAGCGCGCAGGUCUUGCGGCAUCCCUGCACCUGACCGAGACGCAGGUGAAAAUCUGGUUCCAAAACCGACGAAAUAAAUGGAAACGACAACUGGCCGCAGAUUUCGAGGCUGCUAACUUUAACCACAGCUCCCAACGGAUUGUACGGGUUCCCAUCUUGUACCACGAUAAAACUACACCUGUGUCGACGAUCAGUUUUAACGUGUCCCAAGUCUCUCCACCAAUCAUGGGCUUCUCGAAUUCCGUCAACUAUCCACUGACAUCCUUUGCGCAUUCAAUGAAUUUGCUGACAUCGCAAAUGACAGGACUGGUCUGACAUAGUGAAUUGCACAGAUACUGACAAUCGGCCUACAGUGGCCCAGUGAAAUAACUUUGAGUGGUGCAAUAACUGAUAAACAAGACUGCUUGAAAUGCAGUCUUGA